GGCCAGAUUGACAGUUAAGCUAAGUAACUCCGGGCGGACCGCUGCCGCUGCUGCUGCUCCUCGGCUAACUUUAUCAAACCCUACACGCUGGAUUUAACAUCGUUUCCGGAUUACUCCGCACCUUCCUUAUGAGCGCUCGCCCUGCUGAAGUAGCAGCGCGGGGGAAAUGAAAGUUUGAGAGCGGCUUUUUAUCGGUAUAAAGAGGAAAAUCGGGGGAUUAUUUGUGUUUCAUGGCUGCUGGGGAUGGGUCCCAGCUGCCGGCGACAAUAGCGGCCAGCAGGAGCGUGGAGAAGUCCCUGGAGGAGGCGGCGGCCAGCGGAGCUUUAGUAUUAUCCAACCGAAAACUGAAGGAAUUUCCGCGGACAGCUAAAAACUAUGAUUUGUCCGACAUUACACACGCAGACUUGACGAAGAACCGGCUGUGUGAGCUGCCAGAGGAGCUGUGCCAAUUCAUCUCUCUGGAGACGCUCAGCAUCUACCACAACUGUGUGCGUUCUUUGCCCUCCUCGCUGUGUCAUCUACAGGCCCUCACCUACCUCAACCUCAGUCGAAAUCAGCUGUCCAGCUUGCCCCCGUCAGUAUGUCAGCUCCCUCUGCUGCGAGUCCUUAUCGUCAGCAACAACAAGUUAUCAGUCUUGCCCGCUUCCAUGCACACUCUGACACAUCUCCGACAACUGGAUGUGAGCUGUAAUGAGCUGCAGUGUUUGCCAGCGGAGCUGGGUCAGCUGGAGUAUUUACGGGAUUUGAACUUGAGGAGAAACCAGCUCACGACUCUGCCAGAGGAAUUGUCUGAGCUGCCACUUGUACGUCUAGACGUAUCAUGCAACCGCAUUUCCCAUAUUCCUGUGUGCUAUCGGCACCUGAGACACUUGCAGACCAUCAUUCUGGACAACAACCCUCUACAGAUGCCUCCAGCCCAGAUAUGCUCCAAAGGGAAGUACCACAUCUUCAAGUACCUGAACAUGGAAGCCUGCAAGAGGAGCCAGGACCCACUGGAGAGAGUUCUGCGGCCCACUUGCCUUUCAGACCAGGAGCUGUUCCCUGGUCCCUAUGGUGGUCUGGACUCAGGCUUUAACAGCGUGGACAGUGGUAGCAAGAGAUGGUCAGGAAAUGAGUCUGCAGAUGAUUUCUCUGAGCGAUCUCUGAGGUUAGCUGAAAUUUCUCGUGAGCACACAAAUCUACAAGAAGAGGAGGAGCGAGAUACGCUGCUGAGUACCCCCAGAGUAGUAAAUGGUGAUUUGGAGCAGGUGGACUUUAUUGACAGCAGCGUCACAGAAGAGGAAGAAGAGAGCUGCAAGCCAGAGCCUCCCAGUCCUCCGCAAACAUCACCCCCACAGGAAAAGGCAGAAAGUCGAAAAACCACGCCCUCCCAGAGCCCAGACUCCGUAGGCAGCAGAAAAAGUGUGAGCAGUGACUCAACAGAAGGCUCUCCAUCCAGUCCCACACUGGAGGAGAAGAGAAGGCCUGGCACGCUGCAACUGUGGCAGGAGAGAGAGCGGGCGCAGCAGCAGCAGAGAGAUCGGGCCAGGGACACUGCUUUGCAGAAGACGGCAGUGAAAACAGGAAGUCACGCGGCGGCGACAGCCAAACAGGCAGGAACAGGAAGUGUCUCAGGUGUUGAGUCUAUAGACAGCAUCAUCAGUUCUGUUAAUGGACUUGGGCAGAGAUGUGCGAGUGCGGAUCAGAUGAGCUCUACUAUUCACUCAGUAUCUCUUCAGCGUUCAACAAGCCGAACAGAUGUGCCCUACAAUAAACCCUGCUCUCCCACUGGCACUGCCCCCAAACCCAACAGCUUUCUCUUCCGUACCUCUUCCCGCUGUAACGUCAAGCCGUCCGGCUCAGUGCAGUGUUUGGCUGAGGCAGGUCGGAGUGAGUCUCGCUCUGUGAUUAAAUCCCCUCGAGAGGACAAGGCAGAGGUUUCUCAGUUACGCAAGUCUCUAGAAUCUCGUUUGAAGAUCACUCUUCCUGAAGAUCUAGGAGAAGCUUUGUCUAACGGCACAGUCCUUUGCCAGCUUGCCAAUCACGUACGCCCUCGAUCAGUGUCCAUCAUCCACAUUCCGUCUCCAGCAGUGCCUAAACUGAGUGCUGCGAAGUGUCGUCUCAAUGUUGAAAACUUCAUCGCUGCCUGCCGCAAGUUGGGUGUUCCCGAGGCGGACAUUUGUUUAGCUUCUGAUGUCCUGUGCAGUAAGAUGCGUGCAGUGCAGCGCUGUGUGGAGGCUGUGUUGCUGAUGGGAGGAGAGGAGGAGCUGAAGGAGAAGAAGAAAGCGCUCUCUUCCUCUUUCUCUCCCUUCCCAAUCGUUCCCAACGGCUUCCUGCUCUUCUACUGCCUCGCCAUGGCGCUGCUCUACCUGCUCUACCAAUACCUGAUUGCAUAGACUGUGCGUUUGUGUACGUUUGUGUGCGUGUGUGUACGCAAGAGUGUGCAUUGGGUCUUUCGUCCUAAUCAGUGCCAGCGUGUUGAGUUCACACACAUUAGCAAAGCUUCCCAGCAGUGCACUUUUACAGCGCUGGCACAGGCUGAGAGACGAGGCAUAUUGCUGCUCACUGCAGGACAGAGCAGGAUGGAGAUGCAAAUCUACAUGCACUGCCAUCCAGACAGCCUGGCAAUGGCACAGUAUGCACACUUAAAGCCAAUACUGUACUGUUAGACUAUAAACUGUAAUGCAUUGGCAUGCAAUACACAGUGACUGAUUUAUACUGUAUCUAUAUUAACAGAUUGUUCGUAAAAAAAAAAAGGUAGAAUACUGUUACAAAACUGGCUGCAGAAUGACUAUUCAAAUGAUAUGCUCUUAAAAAUGAUGGUGCAAGAAAGGGUUCUUUGGAGCAUGAAUAAGAGGAACCACUGUUACAUAGUACCAGUAAUAUGCUUCAAGGCAUAAUAUUUUAAAAAGUGCAAAAACAGCCCAUUUUUGAAUUACUGUGCAAACAUUUUGGUAGCUGUGGAUUGGAUCUGAAUUAAAAUGUUCCUUAUCUGGGCAUUUAGUGUUUGUUUAUUUAGGCAGAGAAUAAAAAAUAUUCUAAUAAAUACCAGUAACAAUAGUAUAAUAAUUAAUGAUGGCCGUAUUUAUUUUUCUGGUUGUUUAAUAAUUUCCAGAGCUCUUCUCCUCAGAGUCUAAUCUUAUUUAGAGCUAUCAACUAUCAAAAGCUGGUUUGGUAAAUCAGUGCUUAAUGGUGUUGAAUUAAGUGAGCUGGAAAAAAUAUAUAAAAUUAAACUGAUCUACAAAUCUGCACAAAGCUUUGUUCAUUAGACUAGCUUACAAGAACAACUACUUUCAUUAAAAUGUAUCACAAAAUUUGUGUUACUUCGUACAUUAUUUAUGUUUAUAGAUAUAUAGAUUUUUUCUAUACUGUCUAUUCAUAGUACCACAGUUUUGCUUCAGUCAUUUAUAUAGCACUUCCCAUGGCACAAUUAUAACAGAUACAAAUUUACAAAUUUAAAUGAUCAAAUGACUUCUGUAGGUGAUCUGAGGUGCCUCUAAGCCACUUGUUACAUUUCGUUUCAUAGCAGUCAGAUUUUAGUCAAAUGCAUCUCUAGUUAUAUGGAGUAACAAGUAUAAGUGCUUGUCGUUAAAAUAUUUAUCAGGACACAAUCCAGAAACCAGUUUAAAUCUAGACACACUUUAAGUCAUCAGGUGUAAAUAUGAAUAGGUACCAUGAAGGUUCCUUGAUUAUUAAGAGAGCAAAGAAAAUAUUCUAUAAAUAUUGAAUAUUUGGGGACGGUUGAUCCUUGAUGGUUCUUUGCUUGGCAGCGUAGUUCUACGAACAAGCUGGUGUUAUAGGUGUACUGGGAGUACUGGGUCGUCAUUUCCUGUCCCGGAUCAAUCCGAAACCCAGCACAGCUUAAAACUUUGCUCUGUAAAACCUACUCAGUAAAUAAGCUAAAUUCACUUGUUAAAAACCGAAUACAUUAAGAACAUGAUAAAAGUUCUAUUCUUUACUUCAUAGAAGCACCUUUUCUAGCACCUUCAUUUUUAAGUGAUGUCAUUCUGAGUGAUGUCCACAGAUUUUAUUUUAUUUUUCUGGAUCCCCUUCUAGUUUUACAGACACUACAAAAAAGCAUCUUUAACACAUCCCUCACUUUUGAGCGCUCACUUUUGAAAUGAUCUUGUAAUCUUGUUCUUACUGUUCAGUUCCCAAAGGGCUUCUCCACCGCUUUGCCUUAGCAUACACGCCCAGUCAGUUUUCCAGGAUGGUGUAGUAUUUUAUAUGUGUCCCUUGGGCAGAGCGUGUUUUUUUCCUAAAUGCUGCUUUUGGUGUUUCAGCCCCUGUUUUGUACUUUACUGGCACAAAGAGUAAAAGCUCCUCACAGCUUGUUUAAAGGGCUUUAAAGUUUCAACCACUUUCUCCUCUCGGUUCUCGCAAAAAAAAAAAAAAAAAAAAAAAAAAAAAAAAAGUGCCUCCAGUGCCUCCAGACUAAACCUGAACCACUUCAGGCUGGUUAGCCGAGCCCCAGUCCCUGUUACUAUCCCUAGUAUCUGUUUAUUAUAUCCAGUUUUUUUUGGAACAAUGUGUACAUAGUUAGUUAUUUAAAUACAGCAUUAUGAUUGAUUCCCACUUCACUGUUUCUUUUUUUUUUAAUUGGCUGGGGUUUAUUAGGACCUGGAAUUAAAUGUUCUAAAUGUUUGCAGCUCUUUUCUAUGUUGUCCUUAUAACUGUGACCACAAGGGAGCAGUGGUGUUGUACAACUGCACUCAAAGCUAUAUUCAUGUCUUAUGGUACAGAAACAAAUGUCUCAAAGCUGUUAUGUUCUGUUAUUGUUUUAUUUUUUUUUGUAUGUAUGUUCCUGCCAGCUUACUGUAUUACAUGUGACUAAGUUAUUAUUUGUUUAUUUAUUUAUGCAUUCCUGUGUUGAGCAGCAGUAUUGGGUGAAACGAGGACUCACAGCAUGAAUCCUGAUUGGCUCUGGUGGCGCUGUGACCAAAAAUGUGAGGCACUUAACACUUAAUUGCAUAAUAAGACACUUAAGAUACUUCUGAUUUGAGAUAAGUGCCUGUUUUGGUCAGGAAAAUAAAAUAAUGACUGAAAUUCACUGAGCUUAUCUCAGGGUUCUGAUGCAGGACACAAAUGACUUGUAGAGUACGUUAUGUUAUAUAUGUGUAUAUACACAGUAAUAUAGGCUUGCAUUUAAGCAUGCAAAUGACCAAAUAGACACCACAGAUUUUAAUAAAUCAUGCAAAAGACUUCCUCAAAUUGAUCCCUGUUGAAAUCCUACUCCUCUAAACCCUUGUUAAGCUCCUUUGGCCGCAUUCUAAAUGUGUCAGAAGUGUUGUUUUUAGGCUGGUAAUGUGUUGUGAGCACCCAUGUUCCCCCAGUACUGUAUGCUGCUGUUGCUUUUGUGUUCCCUGCAUACUUAAUGUGAUUUAGCAGCUUUGCAGACAGUUGACUAACGAGCAGACGCUCAUCUGGAGGGAGUGAUAAGGGCACAUAGGAGAAGAGAGAGAAAGAGCGCGAGAAAAGGCAAGGAGAAACAGAAGGACGCUUGAAUGAAAGGAUAGGAAUGUGAGUGGAGAAAUGGAAUGUUUAGAAAUGGGUUAAUUUUCACUUAUCCAAAUUAUUGCUGAAUCCUUUUCACAGAGGUGUUUUCUUCUUGUACACGCAAUUUAAAAAAAGCUUGUUCAAACACGUAAUACGUGGAAAGCGGAUGUAAAAUAAAUAUUUCUGGAGCAUUCAGCAGAUCUCACUUUAGUAAUGUCACACACUGCUCAAAUAGCACAUUUCUAAUUCUAACAUUAAUUAACAGUGUAGAGAAAUGAAACGACUGAAUUAAAGAGCUCAUCUCAGCAGACUACUGCAAGCUACUAUAGAUCAGCCAUGUAACCAAUCAGAAUAGGGACUGUUUAAUUAGUACACAGUACACAUAGCAUAUUGUCACAGUCAUGCAAAAAUCUUGAAUCUUCAAAUCAUCUGCUUUACAUUAACUUGAACUGAAGCCCAAUACAAUACAAUCCCAGUACCACCGAAAACACCAUUAAUUUUUCAUGUGCAAUGAUAAAAUUUGCAUAUUUCAUCCCACACUAAUUAGAAACACUUUUAACUACAAAUAAGUAUGUACAUAUUUAAAUGCAUGUGGCUAAAAUCUUAUCAGGAUACCUAGGAUAGAAUCUAAAUACUCAUAUGCUAGUCACAUAAAGUGACCAGGUCUAAACAGAGUUUUAAUAUCACCCACUUUACAUGCGCACGCCUGUUUUUGUUAAAUGAGAUUAUUGUGACAAUAAUGUUUCAACCAAAACUUUGUCUAAUGUAUUGGAGCAAACUGGUUUAGAGUUGAAUUUCCAUCUUAAAAGCAAUUGUUAAAGAAACAAGAUGUGUAUUUUGUAAUAUUUAUAUCCUGCUUAUGUAUUUAAUGAACUUAAUUCUAAGUUUAUAUAGAUUAAGACAUUUUUUUGUUGUAAAGAAAUUAUUAAAAAAGCAGAAAAGAUCA